AUGGCGAAUGUUGCCGAUAGUUUGUUGGAAGAUUUGGCGUUUUCCACGGAUUCUUUGGAAGUGUUACAACAGUGUGGAAUUCAGCUGUAUGAGCUGCUUACGUAUUCGUUGGAAGAUUUCAAGAACAGCUUACAGCAAAGCUCCGUUGAAUGGAAUUACGGAAAGAUUUUCGGACACAUCGAUGACUGGAGAAAGCGCAAUAAAUCUCAAAUUCUACAAGCUCUAAGUGCAGGAAAGGAAACUGACUCAACAGCUAACAAUAAUCGCAAUUGCGAGGAAGUGUCACAGGGAAGCGAGUACCUGAGUGAAGAACGGCUAUUAUCAAUAACGGAUGGUGAGAUUAUUCCGAAAAAUCACGCUUGUGAUAGUGGAGACUUUUUGAGCAACACGGAAGUAGCGACCGCCGAAUUUACAACAAAGAAAAACUACGCACAUCAGAUCUUGAGAGCUAUUCCUUGUCUGUUACCAGCUUGUUCAAGUUUGAACGGAAGGAAAAUUAUUUCGGCUGUAGAGGAGGUCACACGUAACCACGGUGGAAAAGUCGCCAAUAAGAUUGGUAACCUCAAACAGAAGAAACGUAAGAGUGAAGUUCAAGAGAGGGAACACUUAAAACUGUCCGGAGUAGUUCCUACUAUUGAUAAUUCACCCCUUGAUCCGGAAACCACCGAAGCGGUUAACUGGUUGGCUCUGAACCAAGAACCGUGGUCCAUUGUACUCGACAAGUGGACGUUAAGUUUCCUUGGGAGACUACCGUUGCUUAAAAGUGAAAAGUUGCUUUUCAAAUUGUUCUCUAUUUGGCCACACUAUAAAAGCAGUCAUGGUUAUCAGCUAGUGGAUAUCGAUUACAAGCUACUUAAUGUUAGAUCCUUGAAUGAGAUACAAAAAUUGAAUUCAAUAACGGCCGCUAUAACUACUUUUAUAGCCAAAAAAGCGAUUGAUCCUUCAGCUGUAAAAUUGUUAAAGUAUUUAACUGAUUGUAGCGUAAACCAAGAUACCAGGCUCUGUGCACUUCUGCUUGCAUUAAACACAGUUCUUCCACCAAUCAUUGUUAGCUCCAAGUUUAAGCCAAAGAUUUGUACAGCUCAAGAAGAUACGAUCAUAUUUGUGAGUUCACAUGAGCAGCUCAUCCCACAACUACAAUCCGUGUACGCGUCUUAUGUGAACAGGAAACUGCCAAUUUCCCCAAAGUUUGUUGCUGUGGGAGUGGAUUUGGAAACUUUGACGGGGCGAUUCUUCGUAUAUCAUCCAGGUUUUUGUUUCGAGCUAUCAUCCGCUGCAAGAGCAAUCGACGUAUUGAUUAAAACGACCCACUUGUUUGGCUUAUCGUACCCAAAGCUGUCUAAGCUGGUUUGGCAGUUCAUAGGUUGCUUCGUCUACGGAAUUGACCAUCAAGAAUCAUAUGCCAGUGUGAAUCGACUAUCAACAUUUUUGAAGCAAAUCGAAAACACCUCGGUGAACCAUGUUUAG